CGGCGGUGAUGUGCAGGAGAAACCCGCUGCCGGCGAGACGGAGGAACGGGCGGAGAAGGGGAAGGUGGAGGAGGCUGAACGGAAAAGGCGGGAAAGCAAGGAACAGGCAGAACAGAUAGAGAGCAAGGAGAUGGAAAAGAAGCGGGAAGAACAGAGAAAGGAAGCGGAGCGAAAUGAGCGCAAGAGGAACGAGGAGAGAGGAAGCAGAGAGAAGGGAGCGUAAAAAAGAUGAGGACAGAAAGGAGGCGGAGGAGAAGGAACGGAAGAGAGAGGAGGAAAAGAAAGAGAUGGAAAGACGAGAAAAGAAAGAGGCCGGGCGGAGGGAGGAUGAAGAGAGGAAAGAGGUGGAAAGGCGUGAACGGAAGGAAGCCGAACGGAAAAGGGAACAGGAAAAAGAAGCGCGAAAAAAGGAAAAGGAAGAGGCUGAGCACAGGCGAGAGGCGGAAAAGAAAGAGGCUGAAAGACGUGAAAGGAAGGAGGCGGAACGAAAGAAAGAGUUAUUGAAAGAGGCUGAAAGGAAAGAAAGAAGAGAAUAUGAGCGGAAAAGAGAAGAAGAAAAGGAUGCCGAGAGGAAAUCGCGAAAGGAGGCCGAGCGGAAGAAGGAGGAGGAGCGAAGGAAAGGAAAGAGGAACGUAGGAGAGAGGAAAAGGAGAAAACAGAAGAAAGAAAGGAGUCCGAUCGCACUAAAGUGGAUGAAAAGGACGUGAGAAGGACUGAGAGGAGGGAAAGGAAACACUCAGGAAAGCGAGAUGCAGAGAAGAAUGAUGAGGCUAAAGAAUCAGCUGAUGAUGGGGGAAAAGCUCGC